ACAUCGGACAUGUUUUGUCAGAUAUAACCUCAAGUCGUUCACGCUGCUUGCGGUAUCAGCGAGGAAAUACUAUUAUUAUCUAUUAACUAAAAUCAUGGGCAAGAAAGGUAAAGAAAAAGGUAAUUUAGGGAAAGCCUUGAUCAGGGAUCGAUUCGGAUCCGGAAAAGUUAAAAGGAAUAAGAAUGAACCGUCUAUGCUUCACACAACUGAACUCAAUGAUGGUUAUGAUUGGGGUAGACUGAACUUGCAAUCAGUCACAGAAGAAAGCUCGUUCCAAGAGUUUCUGUCGACCGCUGAGCUUGCCGGCACGGAAUUCAACGCGGAGAAAUUAAAUAUCAAAUUUGUGAAUCCAAACAGCAACGGCUUGCUAUCAAAGGCAGAAAAGGCCGAAGUACUGAAGAUGCAGGAACAAAACAAGGAUCUUAUCAAGAUACCGAGAAGGCCGAAAUGGGACAGUUCUAUGAAUGCCCACGAGCUGCAGACUCACGAGAAAGAAGCGUUCUUGGAAUGGAGACGUGGUUUGGCUAUGUUACAGGAAAACGAAGGAUUGUUGUUGACGCCUUAUGAGAGGAAUCUUGAGUUCUGGCGACAAUUGUGGCGGGUGGUGGAGCGCAGUGAUGUAAUUGUACAAAUCGUUGACGCACGCAAUCCGUUACUGUUCCGUUGCGAAGACCUGGAACGUUACGUCAAGGAAGUCAAUCCUGACAAAUUAAAUAUGAUCCUUCUUAAUAAAGCAGAUUUUUUAACAGACGAGCAAAGAGAAGCGUGGGCAAAAUAUUUUGCAGACAUAAACAUACACGUGGCUUUUUUCUCUGCUACGCUAGCGGCAGAGAAACAGAAAAUCCAAGAAGAGGAUGAAACCAAAUCAGCUGAUAAAGAUGAUCAAGGAGCCGAAAAUAGUGCUGACGAGAAUUCGAAGUUUGCGACGGAAUCGGAAUAUAAAAGCGCGGAGAAUUGUAUGGUUGAUAAUAACAGCGCGGAAUGUAAAGCAGAAGCUGAUAAUGAUAAAGAAAUAAAAGUUCAACAAGACGCAAUAGAAGACUUAAGUAUCUCCGCGACAGACAAGGAACGUAAAAUAGUGAAUUCAUCAAAAUUGUUAAAUAGAGACGACCUCGUGAAAUUCUUCAAAACGAUUUACACCGGCGAUAAAACGUAUACAGACGGAGUGACGACGAUCGGUUUUGUGGGAUAUCCGAACGUUGGAAAGAGCUCAACCAUCAACACGUUGCUCAUGAACAAGAAAGUCUCGGUAUCCGCUACACCAGGUAAGACCAAACACUUUCAGACGCUAUAUCUGGACAGGGAUCUGCUGUUGUGCGAUUGUCCGGGCUUAGUGAUGCCGAGUUUUGUCAGCACGAAAGCGGAGAUGAUCUUGAACGGCAUACUGCCGAUUGAUCAAAUGCGGGAUCAUGUGCCAGCGAUCACACUAGUGGCUACAUUGAUACCCAGGCAUGUCCUGGAGGACUUGUAUGGCUUUAUGUUACCUGUUCCAACGGAGGGAGAAGAUGCGGAACGCGCGCCAACGGCGGAGGAGCUUUUGAAUGCGCACGCUUAUAACAGAGGUUUCAUGACGCAGAAUGGUCAGCCGGACAAUCCGCGCUCAGCAAGAUAUGUUUUGAAAGAUUUCGUUAAUGGCAAAUUACUUUACUGCGUCGCGCCGCCAACGCUCGAGCAGGGACGCUUUCACACGUUCCCGCCACGACGUCGGAUCGUGUCCGCGAACAAGCAUAUACCGCCCCGAGUGGUUCGCUUGAACGAAGGAUGUCGGAUAACAGCUAAUCAAGUGGACCGGAAGUUUUUCCAGGAUAUACAUGUCAAGGAAAGCCGUAGACCCGUGCUGCAACAGUCGAAAAUGCACGCGGGAUCAACGGUCACUUUGACUGAAUCGAUCGACGGUCAGUCUGAUAGAAUGAAGAAACCGUGGAAGAUGAUAAACAAACAUGUUAACAAGAAUAAACGUGAGAAGUCACGAAGGGUGUACGCUCAUCUUGACCAGCACUGAGUACGAAAAACAUCACCGUUCCUGGAUCUACCGCUCCGUGCAACAAUUGUAUAAAAUAGUUGUAGCUUAACAAUUCUGCAUCAAGUACAUGUGUACGCGUUGCAGAUUUAUAUUUACUUGAAGUUGGGCACGCGAUAUCAUGUAUGUGUAUAUAGACUAUAAAGUAUUUUAUAUAAUACA